CCCGAUUAUACCUAAGAAACAGCUAAGCCAAUUUCUCCGAGCAGGUCCCGGUUUCCUUCUUAGUCGCCGUUGUCUUUCUUCCUUCACACAAUUUUUUUUUUUUUAAUUAAAAGAUACAAAAGGAAGAACUGGGUAAUUUUUCUUGUGUUCCCAUAUCAAAAUCUUGUCUUGGUUCAAAAUUUGCAAACAAUAACCUUAAAUUACCCAAUCCCUAUCUCUGCUCUGUUCUCAGUUGUUCAUAUUUUCAGGCGGUAACUUCCUGCGGGUGGUGGAUGCAUUUGUUAGAUAGUUGGUUGAUGCAUUUGAGCAGCAUUUUUUGAGGUAAUCUGAAAGAUGGAUCUUGAAGGAAAAAGAUUUGGGAGGGGCAAUAGAGAACUUGGAGGUGCUCGUGAUCUCAUAAAUCAAUAUAGGCUUUGGCCAUACUAUGAAUUCUUCUGCAAGAGGUCACUUCCGCUGUCAAUUUCGGAGACACAUUAUCUUCAGAAUGUGGUUGGUGACACAAAAAUCAAGAAGGGAGAAGGAAUGGAACUGGAUCAGCUCUGUAGGGACACCUCCAUGAGUGAGAAUAAAGCUUGCUUGCGUCCUUUUGACUUAGGUGUACUAAGUGAAGCUUUCCAUGUGAGGGAAAUGGAUCCUAUCCACCUUUCUUCUGCCCAGAAGGGGCUACCAAAUGCAGCGCCAAAGUUGGAGAACCAACCUAGAGAGAAUGAGAGAAAGAACAGAAAGGACAAAGAUAUCUAUAGAAAUGGUGAAAAGUAUAGGAAGCACAAACGACAUCGAGUAAAAGAUGGAAGUUGUGUAGAAAACAAUAGAAUUAGACAGCAUGAUUCACAGCCAUUGCAAUUGAAGAAUCAACUAGACAAGAAAAGGAGGGCUGAGACAAGCAACAAUCCUUCAGUUUGCAAGCGAUCAAAUACUAGACAAUGAGAAGCACAAACAGAAUUGCAUAAUUUUUUUUUCCUGGGAAUAUGUGAUCCGUUCAGAAGCUAACAGUAAACUCUGUUUUGCUACAUCAACAAUUUGCUGUUCUUUUUGUAUUGUGAAUCUGUUAUUACAUGUUCCCAUCGCCAUUUGGCUGUUCUAAAUAUUGAAAUGAUCGAAAAACUAACUGAGCAGGUGUGCAGUAGAUUUAGCCCAUAAAAUCAUCUAAGCAAAUAUUCGGCCCUAAAUUGGUUA